AUGUCCAGCCACGAGGAAGGUAUUGCAAAGGUCAAAGCCGAACUUACCAAACGGGAGGAGUUCUUGCGUGAAUCAUGGGUGCGGGCAAUGGAGGCCCGGUUGGUGCAGGAGGAACUCGGAAAAUGCCAUCAAGGCGAGGGCGUUAACCACUACGAAAACUGCAAGUGGCUGGCCGACAAGUACCUCACUAUGCUGAGAGAGAACCGAGUCAAGGGUUACAAGCACAUAGACGUGUAA